AUGAAUAAUAAUAAUAAUAAUAAUAAUAAUAAUAAUAAUAAUAAUACUAAUAAUAUUAUUGAUGAUAAUGAUGAAAUUGCAAUUGUUGGUAUUGGAUUUAGAUUACCAUCGGGAGAUAUUUCUAAAUCAAAUGAUUCACCAAUUGAAUUAUGGGAUAAUUUAAUGAAUGGAUUUGAUGGUAUUAUUGAAAGUAGAGAAAGAUGGAGUGAUAAUUUCAAUGAAUUGGGUGAAAUUUCAAAUGGAAAUGCUGGUUUAUUACCACUUGAUGAAUGGAAAUCAUUUGAUCCAUUAUUUUUUGGUAUUAAUCCAUCAGAAGCACCAAGCAUUGAUCCACAACAAAGACUAUUAUUAAAAUGUACAUGGGAAGCAUUAGAAGAUGCAAGAAUUGAUCCAAUGAAAAUUCGUGGUUCAAAUACAUCAGUUUUCAUUGGUUGUUCAACUAAUGAUUAUCAAAAUCAACAACAAAAUCAAAUGAAUAAUAACAAAUCUAAUAUAUUCGGGUUGACAAAUCAUUCAAUUUCAAAUCGUAUAUCAUAUUGUUUUGAUUUUCGUAAUGAAUCAAUUACAAUUGAUACAGCAUGUUCAUCAUCAUUGAAUGCUAUUAAAAUGGGUUACCAAUCAAUUAAAUUCAGUAAGCAGAACAAUUGUAAUUUAUCAAUUGUCGGUGGUGUAAAUUUAUUGUUGGAUACAAACGUUUCAAAAUCAUUCACCCAUUUAAAUAUGUUAAGUAAAUCAACUAAUGGUACAGCAAGGUGUAUGACAUUUGAUGAAAGUGCUGAUGGAUAUGUCAGAGGAGAAGGUGUUGGAAUUGUGGUUUUAAAAAGUUUAAAACAAGCAUUAUCAGAUGGUAAUACCAUUUAUUGUAUUAUCAAUGGUGCAAGUUCAAAUGUUGAUGGUGGUGGUUUAAAAGAUAAACAAAACUUUUUUUCACCUUCAUCAAUAUCACAGUGUGAAAAUAUUAAAAUGGCAAUUCAAUCAACCAAUGGUAAAAUUAAAUUCAAUAAUAUCGAUUAUAUUGAAGCACAUGGUACUGGUACACCAACUGGCGAUCCAAUUGAAUUAGAAGCAAUUUCAAAUUCAUUUAAACAAUUAAAUGAUAUUGCUAUUGGUAGUGGUAGUUGUAGUGGUAGUAAUAAUAAUACAACUCAACAACCAUUAUUAAUUGGGUCAAUUAAAAGCUCAAUUGGUCAUUUAGAGGCAGCAUCGGGUGUUGCAUCAUUAAUUAAAUGUUGUUUAAUGUUUAAAAAUGGUUACUUUGUUCCAAAUAUUAAUUUUAAUAAACCAAAUCCAAUGAUUAAAUUUAAUGAAUGGAAUUUAAAAGUUGUAACUGAACCAAUUCAAUUUAAUACAAAUAAACAAAUAACAAUGUUAAUCAAUAGUUUUGGUAUUACUGGUUCAAAUUGUUGUUUAAUUUUAUCACAAUUUAAAAAUAAUGAAAAUCAACAACAACAACAACAACAACAACAACAACAACAACAACAACAACAACAACAACAACAACAACGAGGACAGCAGCAAUAUGAUAAUAGUCAACCAAAAAAGUAUUUAAUACCUUUUUCAGCAAAUUCAACUUUAUCAUUAAAGAAAUAUCAAUCAAUUAUUGAAAGUGAAGAAUUUCAAUUAAAAAUAAAUUUUAAUGAAUUUGUUAAAAAUCAAAUUUUUAAUAAAUCUUUAUCACUUUAUCAACGUUUAGUAAUUUUUUCGGUUUCAAAUUGGGAUGAAUUUAAUAAACAAAAACAAUCACAAAAAGAAAAAGAAAAAGAAAAAGAAAGAGAAGGAGAAGAGAAAGAACAAUUAAAUAGAGUUCAAACAUUAAAUUCAAAGUCAUCAACAAUGUCAAUGGUUCAUAGUAAGAAUCCUAUAGUUGUAUUUGUAUUUGCAGGUCAAGGUUCACAAUAUAGUAGAAUGGCAAUGGAAUUAUAUAAUAGUGAACCAAUUUUCAAACAAUCAAUCAAUAUGUUUGAUAAUAAAUUAUUUAAAUAUUAUGGUUAUUCAGUUUUUGAAAAAUUCAUAUCAAUUACUGAUCAUGAUGAUGAUAUUAGUAUUCAACAUCCAACAAUCGCACAACCAAUAAUGUGUAUGUUAGCUAUAUCAUUAUUUGAAUUUUAUAAACAUUGGGGUAUUGAAGCAUCAUUUAUAGUUGGUCAUAGUUUAGGUGAGAUUCCAGCAGCUUAUUGCUCAGGUAUGAUUACAUUGGAUACUUUAUGUUAUUUAAUUUAUCAUAGAUCAUUAGCACAAAUUCAAACACAUUGUAAUGGUGGUAGAAUGUUAUCAGUUAAUAUUAGCUCUGAAGAUUAUUUAUCAUCAAAUUAUUCAACUAAAUACCCAGAUAUUGAAAUUGCAUGUUACAAUUCACCAAAUUCAAUUGUAUUAGGAGGUAAAGAACAACAAUUAAAUCAAAUAUCAAAUGAAUUAAAAGAUAAAGGAAUUUUCUCAAAAAUGUUAGCUUCAUUAUCAUCUUUCCAUACUUCAAAUCAAAAAAUAGUAAAAGAUGAUAUUUCAAAAUUAAAUAUUGAUUAUGAAUUACCAAAAAUACCAAUUUUCUCAACUGUUACAACAAAUUUAUAUUAUAAUAAUUUUAAUGAUAGCAAUAAUAAUAGUAAUAAUAAUAAUAAUAAUGUAGAAACAACAACAACACCAUUUAACUCUGAAUAUAUUUAUAAUAAUAUAGUAGAACCAGUUAAAUUUUCACAAACUAUAUCAAAUUUAUAUAAACAUAUUGAAAUAAAUAAAUUGGGAACUGAUAUUGUAUUCAUUGAAUUAGCACCACAUCCAACAUUACAAUUUUAUUUAAAACAAAUGAUACCUGUAUCAACAAAUUAUUUUAGUGGGAAAAUAUCAAUUUAUUCACCACUUCAUAAGAAAAAGAAUGAUACUAUGGAGAUUCAAAAAACAAUUGCUAAACUUUAUUGUGAAAAUAGAUAUAAUAUUAAUUUUAAAUCACAAUUUGAUUGUGGUAGUAUUAAUAACCACAACCACACAGUAAUACCACCACUACAACAACCACAACCACAACCAUUACCAAAUUAUCAAUGGGAUGAUGAAAAGUAUUGGAAAGAAGAUUUGAUUCAACAAAAACAUAGAAUUGAGGGACCACCAAUUGAUAUACUUGGUUUAUCAAACUAUGAUAAUUCAUCAAAUGUUAAAUCAUAUCAAACAUUUAUUGAUAUAAAGAAAGAACCAUUCAAAUAUCUUAAAGGUCAUAUUGUAAAUGGUAAAUACUAUUUCCCAGGUUGUGGUUACAUUGAUAAUCUAUUGAAAUUAUAUCCAUCACAAGAUUUGACUAUUAGUUCAAUGGAAUUUAAAUCACCAUUAAUUUUAAUAGAUGGUAUUAAUCAAUGUUUACAAACAAAUGUUUUCCAAACUGGUAAAACUGAAUUUAAACUUUAUUAUCACUUUAAAGAUAAUAAAUCAAAUGAAUGGGUACAAUCAUGUAUUGCUAAUUUUCAAUUAUUAAAUAAUAAUAAUAGUAAUAAUAAUAAUAGUAAUAAUAAUAAUAAUAAUAAAAAAUUAAAUUUACAAGAAAUAAUUUCAAAAAAGUGUAAUAAAACAAAAAUAUCAAGAAUUGAUUUAUAUCAACAUAUAAAAUCAAAAACAGGUUUAACUUAUAAUGAUGAAUUUCAAGGUGUUAUUCAGUGUUUUUUAGGUGAUAGUUGUUCUUUAUCAGAAGUUACUGUUAAUUCAUCAACAUCAAAAUCAUUUUUUAAAACACAAUUAUUAGAUAGUUGUUUACAUGGAAUGAUUGCAUUAAUUCAAGAAAAUUGUCAACUAGUUUUUCAUAAAAUUGAAGGAUUAAAAUAUUAUUCAUCAAAUUUACAAGUAUAUGAAACAAAUGAUAUUAAUAGUAGUAAUAAUAGUAUUUUCGUUUAUUCAAAAUUUAAAUCAAGAUUAGGAAAUUCAUAUUUAGCAUCAAUUAUUAUAAUGUUAAAAGAUGGUACGAUUUUAAUUGAAAUUGAAAGAGUAAUUUGUAAAUCAUUAAAAAUAGUUAAAAAUCCCUUAGAAAUUGAAUAUCCAAUUGAUUUAGUAUAUUCAAGAUAUUUACAACCAAGAGAUUCACCAAUUGGUGCACCUUCAUCAUUUAAAUCACUUUAUGAAUCUGAUCAAUUUAAAUCAAAAGAUAUCUAUAGUUCAAAUAUUUCAAUUUAUCAAAAUUUUAUAUCAUCUUCAUUGUUUUUAAAUAUUAAUAAAAGAAAUUCAAAUAUAACAAUUAAAGAAAUUGAAAAUCAAUCAAUUGAUCAAUUAUUUUUAAAUUUUAAAUCAAUUUUUAUUAAUAAAAAUUUAGAAAAUUCAAUUCAAUAUGAAAGAUUAUUUAAAUCAGUUUUUAAAACUAUAAAAAUGUUUGGUUAUAAAAAUAAUAAUAAUAAUAAUUUUAAAGAAUUAAAAAAACAAAUGGAAAAUAAUAAUAAUUAUAAAAUUUUAAAGAGAUCAACUAGAGUAAUUUCAAAACAAUUAUUUCCAUUUGAAAAUGAAAAUGAUUCAAAUUUAGAUAGUCCACAAAUUUUAUUUGAAGAUGGUUUACUUGAUAAAUUUUAUUCAGAUACUGAAUUUGUUGCAAAAAAUCAUCAAUUACUUGCUGAAAUUAUUAAAGAAUCUAUUAAACCAUUGGUAUUGAAAAAAGAGAAAAUCACAAUAAGAAUUUUAGAAUUUGGUGGUGGUGUUUCUUCAUUAUCAAUGGUUGUAUUAAAUAAAAUUACUCAAUUACUUGAAGAGAGUAAUAAUGUUUUUAAUCAAAUUGAUAUUGAAUAUACAUGGAGUGAUAUUUCAACGUCAUUCAUACCAGAUGCAAAAUUAAAAUUAUCAAAAAUUAUAAACAAUAAUAAUAAUAAUAAUAAUAAUGAGAAUAAUAAUGAUUUAGAUUUAGAUGGUGGUAAAUUUGGUAUAAAAAUAAUUUAUCGUUCAUUAGAUUUAGAAGAACCAUUAAUUGAAAAACAAAAUUUGAAAUAUUCAUAUUAUGAUUAUGUAAUAAUGUCAAAUGUAUUACAUGUGGUUAAAGAUAUUAGAUUUUCAAUUGAUCAAAUUUAUAAAGUUCUUGUACCAAAUGGUCAAUUAUUAUUUAUAGAACCACCAUUUAAUUCAAUAAUUCUAGAUAAUGUAUUUGGUGUUUUCAAUCAGUGGUGGUCAUUUCAAGAUACUGAUAUCAGAAAAGAUAGUUGUUGUAUGAAUCAACAAUCUUGGUUCGAUUUAUUAACAAAUCAUAAUUUUAAAUAUAUAAUAAUGUCAAAAGAAUUAGAAUCAGUUUCUUUUUUAAUUCAUUGUAAAAAACCAUCAAUUCUAGAAAUUAAUAUUAAUAAUAAUAAUAAUAAUAAUAAUAAUAAUAAUAAUAAUAAUAAUAAUAAUAAUAAUAAUAAUAAUAAUAAUAAUAAUUAUGAAGAUAAUGUUAUUAUAUUUUGUAAUGAAAUUGAUAAAGAUAAUAAGAAUAAUAAUAAUCAUUUUAUUAAAAUGUUAGAAUCAAUUUAUUCAUUUAAAAUUAUUAUUAAAAUUUCAAGUAUUAAAGAAUUUAUAGAAUUAGAAGAAUCAAAUAUUAUUACAAAUAAAUCAAUAAUUUAUUUUAUUAAACCUAUUGAACAAUUAAACUUUGAAAAUUUUAAAUUGGUAACAUUUGAAUUUAUUGAAAUUAAUAAGAGAUUAUUAUCAUCAAAUAAUUUAAAAUGUAAACAUGUUUUAAUUACAACCAAUGUAAAUAAUGGUAAAAAUUAUUUAUCAGCAUCAGUUAUUGGAGCUGCAAAGUAUUUUGAAGAGUUUUCAGAACAAUUACAACUUUUCUAUAUAGAUUUUGAUCAACAAUCAAUUGAAAAUUUAAAUUUAAUUUCAAAAAUUGAUUCUUUAAUUGAUGAGACUAUUAAUACUCAAAAGGAAUUUAUAAUAAUGAAUAAUGAAAUUUAUUAUGAAAGAUAUAAAAAAGAAUCAAUUAAAAAUUUAAUCAAUACAUUUAAAUCAAAUUCAUUUGAAUAUGGUAUUGGUGUUAGUAAUGAUUCUUUUUCAAAUGUUUAUUUAAAAUUAACAUCAAAUUUAGAAUAUAAAUUAAAAUCGAGAAAAGAAAUUAUUAAAUCGAAUAAGGUUGAAGUGAAUGUAUUAAGUUUAGGAGUGAAUUAUAAAGAUUAUUUAGUAUAUUGUGGAUUGGUUCCGCCAGAGAUUUGUAAUCGUAAAGGUGAUAUUAACAAUCCAGAGAUUGGUAUUGAUUUCUCUGGUAUCAUUACAAGGGUUGGAAAAGAUUGUGGUGAAGAUCAAUUUAAAGUGGGUGAUGAAGUUUAUGGAAUUGCGUUCGAUUCGUCAUCUUCUCAUAUUAUCAUUGAUAAAGAUUACAUUGUAAAGAAACCAACCAAUUUAAGCCACUCAGAGGCAGCAUCAAUACCAGCAGUGUAUUUAACAUCUUUAUAUUCAAUAUUCAAUAUUGGUAAUUUCAAUAUCCAAGAUAAUGAAUCAAUUUUAAUUCAUUCAGGUACUGGUGGUGUUGGUUUAUCUGCAUUGAAUAUAUUGAAAUGGAAAGGUCAUAAAUCACAUCUAUUCGUUACAGUAGGUUCAAAAGAGAAAGAGCAAUAUCUUAUUGACACCUAUGGUGAUUUUAUCACUGGAAUUUAUUCAACAAGAAAUAAAGAUUAUGUAAAACAAAUUAAAUUAAAAUUAAAACAAUUGGGAUCAAAUAAAAAAGGUGUUGAUUUAAUAUUGAAUACAUUAUCAAGUGAUUAUUUAGAUUCAAAUUUCAAAUGUUUGGAAUGUGGUGGUAGAAUCGUUGAUUUAUCAAUCACUCAUUUAAAUCCAAAUGAAUAUAUAGAUUUUAGUAAAUUCAAAUAUAAUUAUGGUUAUCAUAAUGUUGAAUUAUUAUUUAUAAAUAAAAGAAAACUUCAAAUUUUAUUUUUACAAAUAUCAAAUGCAAUUGAAAAUAAUCAAUUAAAUUUAAUACCAAUUAAUGAAUAUUCAAAUUUAAAAAUAAAAGAAGCAAUUGAAUUUAUAAAUGAACGUAAACAUAUUGGUAAAAUUAUUGUAAAUAAUAAUAUUAAUUUAAUAAAUAAAUUAAUUGAAAAUAAUAAUUUCAAUAGUAGUAGUAGUAGUGGUAGUAGUAGUGGUAGUGGUAGUAUUGAUGUUAAGGAACCAAUUUUAAAAUCAAAUUAUAAAAUAAAUAAUGAUAAUUUAGGUUCAACAAUAUUAGUUACAGGUCAAACGGGGAUAGUUUUAGAGAUAUUAAAAUGGAUUGUUAAAUUUUCAGAUUGUGUUAAAGAUAUUAUAAUAUUUUCAAAAUCACCAAUGAAAUGGGAAUUAGAAUUAUUAGUAAACAAUAAUUCAAAUAUUAGAUUUCAUUUUAAGAGUAUUGAUAUUUGUAAUGAAAGUUUAGUAAAUGAAUCAAUCGAUCAAAUAUUAAAAGAUAAUCCAUUGAUAAAUAAUGUUGAUUCAAUUUUUCAUUUUGCAUUUCAACAAGUUUCUAGAAAAGUUAAUAAAAUUGAUAUGGAAAGUUUGGAUAUUUCACAUGGUGCAAAAACAUUUGGUGCAAUUAAUUUACAUAAUCAAUCGAUAAAGAGGAAUUGGAAAUUAAAACAAUUUGUAAUGGCAUCUUCAAUUGCUUCAAUCAUCGGUUCUUCAAAACAAUGUUCUUAUGUUUGUGCGAAUAAUGUUUUAGAUUCAUUAUCAAGAUUUAGAAAAUCAAUUGGGUUACCAUCAAUUUGUACAAAUUAUGGUUCUUUAGGUGAUGCAGGAUUUGUAUCAAGAUUUGAAUCAGUUGGUGAAAUGUUAGUUGGUCAAGGUUUAAAUCCAAUCUCUACAAAUUUAAUUUUAGGUUCAUUAGAUUUACAAAUUCAAAAUCAACAUUUAUCAACAAAUCUUUUAAUUUGUAAUUUCAAUUUUCCAGCUUUUAAAGUAAAUGCUCAAAUUCCUAAACAAAAAUUUGAUUUUAUUAUUAAUUCAAUCGAUGGUGGUGGUGGUGGUUCCAAUAGUAGUAGUGGCAGUGGUGGUGGUGGAAAAGUUGUAGAUUCAUUAAAUAUUAAAGAUAUUUUCAUUAAUAAAAUAUCAGAAUUCCUUUCAAUUGAAUCAUCUAAAAUUAAUCAAGAUUUACGAUUACUUGAUUAUGGUGCAGACUCAUUAUUAACUGUUCAAUUAAAAAAUUGGAUAGAUAAAGAAAUCUCUCCAAAUAUUAUUACAAUUCAACAAAUUCAAAAUAAUACAAUCUCUUUAGUAAUUAAAAUUAUCAUUACAGCUAUUGAUAAUAAAAAAAUAAAAGAUAGUAAUCAACAAUCAAAUAAUAAUGAAAAUAUUAAAACUGGUUCAUUCAUUGGGGGUAAAAGUAAAAAUAAUAAUGUUAAAAAUUUAAAAUUUUGGAAAAAACAAAUUAAAUUAAAAGUUAUUGGUAAUGAAUUUUCAUCAUCAACAUCAUCGUAUGUAAAUAUUACUAAAAAUGGUGGUACUAGUAAAAAUAAUAAAAGAAUAUUAUUCCCUUUUUCAAGUGGUGGUUAUUUAAGUACUUAUUUAUUAUUUAAUUUAGUUAAAGAUUCAAAUUGUUCUAUAGUUUAUUGUUUAAAUACAUCAAUUGAUUUAAUAAUUCAAAGCCUAAAGUACCAUCAAUUAUAUUUUAAUUUAAAUCAAAAUGAAAUUUCAAAAAUUAAUAUUAUAUCAGUUUCAUCAGAAAAAGACUAUAAUCAAUUAUUCAUCAAAAAUAAUGAUAUAAAUUUAAUAAUUAUUGUUUCAAGUGAUUCAUUUCAAGAUUCAAUUUUAUUUGAACAAGAAUUUAAUGAAACUGAAUUAAAUUUGGUUAAAGAAUUAAUUAAAUCUUUAAUAAUUAAUGGUUAUUGUAAUAAUAAUGAUAAUAAUAAUAAUAAUAAUAAUAAUAAAAUUUCAAUUAUAAAUAUAUCAUCAAUAUAUAUUUAUUUAGGAAUAUCAAAUGAAUUUAUUAAUGAAAAUGAAUAUAAUAGUAUUGAAAUUCCAAAUUUUGAAUCAAUUGAAAAAUUACCAUUAUCAAGUGGAAAAAUUCAAAGUAGUUUAUUAAUUGAACAUUUUCUAAAAGAUUGUUCAAUAAAAUUUAAUAUACCAUCAACAAUGAUAAGAAUUCCUCCAAUUUUUUCAAAUAUUGAAACUGGUUUAGGAAAUGAAAAUGAAUUAUUACAAUUAUUUUUACAAUCUUGUCAUUCAAUUGGAUUUUAUCCAAACGUUUCUACAUCAUAUCCAACCAUUCCAAUUAAUCAUUUAUCAAAUUUAAUUAUAAAUCAAAUAAAUAAUCAAAAUUAUUAUGAGCAUGAUAAUGAAAAAGGAAAAUUAUUAUUUAAUACAAUUAAUUUAAAUAAUAAUAAUAGUAAUAAUAAUAAUAUAAAUUCACAACAGAUUAAUCAAAUAUUAAAAUGUGAAUUUAAUUGUAAACAGAUUGAAUUUAAUGAUUGGAUUCAAAUUUUAACAGAUUCAAAUAAUUCUUCUUGUGUUUAUAAAUAUUUACAACUUCAUAAUAUAAUUACAAAAUAUAGUAAUAGUAAUACUGACACCAUUCAAGAAAAUAAUUUAGAAAUUAUAAAUCAAAUGAUUAUUAAUCAUUUAAAACAAAAAAAGUAA